AUGCAAUUAGUAUUAGCAGCUAAAUACAUUGGAGCAGGUAUUGCUACAAUCGGAUUAACAGGAGCAGGGAUCGGUAUCGCUAUCGUUUUCGCUGCUUUAAUUAACGGUACUUCAAGAAACCCUUCAUUAAAAUCAGAAUUAUUCCCAUUUGCUAUCUUAGGGUUCGCCUUAUCAGAAGCUACAGGAUUAUUCUGUUUAAUGAUCUCAUUCUUAUUAUUAUACGGUGUAUAA